AUUAGUAGCCAAUAGCUUUCGGUCUGUCAUUCUGACCGCAGCGUGAGGGGGAACUGUGUCUCUUGUUCUUAUAAGAAGAAAUCUUUGAAAUAGUUUCUCAAAGGUAAGUUCAGCGUUCUGUCUUGACAAUGUAAAAUGUUGUUCUGUCAAUAUCUUAUAUUUUUAUUCAAUUGACUGUGAGAAUCAGCUCCUCAAUGUGUAAGGUCAGCAUCGUUCAGAGGCUACUGUAGCAAGCUAACUAACGUUAGCUCGCAAGCUAGGCUAACUUAAAGUUAUUUUUUAAAACUCUUAUCUACUAGCCAAUCAAAGGGAACAAUGCUCAUGAUACUGGUUUUGCUAUUCAAGUAUCUAUCUAAUUGUUAACUCACUUUUAUCGUAUAGUCUACACGGACAACGGGGCAACAACAGCUAACUUUUGCUAGCUAAAUUGCUAAGGGAUGUUCUGCUUGAUGAGUGCUAACGUAAACUAUAUGGCUAGCUAAUGUCAGAUGAAAGGGGUUAGCUAGCUAACGUUAGUUCUGUAUCUUUGGUGUAUCUUAUGUGUUGCUCUGGUCUGACACGGCUGCAUGUAGCUGACUAAACUCAACUCACGAUUUCGAGUUGAGUUUAAUCAGCUAGGUUGCAUGCAGACUACACAGGCGUAACAUAGCUACUGUUAGCUAGUUAGCAAAUGAACUUGAUGACUUGCUGCUAGCUAGUAGUGGCAAUAAUCGGUAUACCGACCACCGAAUUUACAGCAGCAAAUGACCAUUCAGUGACACCAGUCUCAUCUCUCAUCUUAUCACCCACAAGGGUUAUCUAGCUAAAUAUGCCCAAUCGUAUCAAGUAGUAAGUUACUGUUCAGGAUUAUUAUAGCCUAACUUGGUCCAUGUUGGCCCUCUGCUUCACCAAUGGCAGAUGCCUAGGUGACAGUGUUCGAAAAUCAAAGCUAAUACUUUCUUUUGCAUAAUGAUGAUUACCUAUUCUAUUGAAAUCCAUAAAUAAACGUCCUCCUGUCUAUCUCUCCUCACAGGAGUCCUCCCCUCUCCAUGUGCAUCCCUAAUGGGCGGCUGGACUCAUAGUGCGGUGCUGGAGCUGUACCGAGCACUGCUCCGUGCAGGGCGCCACCUUCAGUACACAGACCGCAACUACUACCGGUGCGCCGUGGCCCGCGAGUUCCGCCGCUGCCAGGCCCUGACCGUGCCGAGCGACAAGGAGGACGCACUGAAGAGGGGCCAGUUUUUCCUCAGCAGUAGACUGGGGGGAUUGAUGUAGGUGGGGGUCAACCAUCCAACACCACCUUUAGCAAGACGUGCUUGUUUCAGACUACUAACAGGUAAACUAUUAAGCUAUUUAACUGACCACCUAUCCUAUCGCUCUUUAUACGUUAAUAAUACAUGUUUUGAUAAUAAAAGGUACACAGUCCUUGAGUUAUGGUAAUAGAACGCAAGGCUCCUCACAUCUGAAUCAGUACUUUCUUUGUUCUUCUCUAAUCACUUUUCCCAUUCUAACUCUACGUUCACCUAGACAGAAUGGCGGGAGUGAACGGUGAGCGUAAAGGAAAGAAGGAUGACAACGGGAUGGGCACAGCCGUUGACUUUUUGCUCUCUAAUGCCAAGCUUGUUCUUGGGGUAGGAGGAGCUGCCAUGCUUGGCAUUGCAACACUAGCAGUCAAAAGAGUAAGUGGGGUAUUUCUCUAAGUUAGAUCAUUGCAAUUAUAUUCUUGUAAAUGUUAUUAGUGCUUUCGGAAAGAAUUCAGUCCCCUUGACUUUUUCCACAUUUUGUUACGUUACAGCCUUAUUCUAAAAUGGAUUAAAUAAAACAAUUUCCUCAUCAAUCUACACACAAUACCCCAUAAUGACAAAGUGAAAACAGGUUUUUAUAAUUUUUUGCAAUUGUAUAAAAAAAUUAAACCAGAAAUACCUUAUUUACAUAAGUAUUCAGACCCUUUGCUAUGAGACUCGAAAUUGAGCUCAGGUGCAUCCUGUUUACAUUGAUCAUCCUUGAGAUAUUUCUACAACUUGGAGUCCACCUGUGGUAAAUUCAAUUGAUUGGACAUGAUUUGGAAAGGCAUACACCUGUCUAUAUAAGGUCCCACAGUUGACAGUGCAUGUCAGAGCAAAAACCAAGCCAUGAUGUUGACGGAAUUGUCUGUAGAGCUCCGAGACAGGAUUGUGCCGAGGCACAGAUCUGGGGAAGGGUACCAAAACAUUUCUGCAGCAUUGAAGGUCCCCAAGAACACAGUGGCCUCCAUUAUUCUUAAAUGGAAGAAGUUUGGAACUACCAAGACUCUUCACAGAGCUGGCCGCCUGGCCAAACUGAGCAAUCGGGGGAGAAGGGCCUUGGUCAGGGAGGUGACUAAGAACCCGAUGAUCACUGACAGAGCUCCAGAGUUCCUCUGUGGAGAUGGGAGAAUAUUUCAGAAGGACAACCAUCUCUGCAGCACUCCACCAAUCAGGCCUUUAUGGUAGAGUGGCCAGACGGAAGCCACUCAGUAAAAUGCACGACAGCCGCUUGGAGUUUGCUAAAAGGCACCUAAAGACUAUCAGACCAUGAGAAACAAGAUUCUCUGGUCUGAUGAAACCAAGAUUGAACUCUUGGCCUGAAUGCUAAGCGUCACGUCUGGAGGAAACCUGGCACCAUCCCUACGGUGAAGCAUGGUGGUGGCAGCAUCAUGCUGUAGGGAUGUUUUUCAGCGGCAUGGACUGGGAGACUAGUCAGGAUCGAGGGAAAGAUGUACAGAGAGAUCCUUGAUGAAAACCUGCUCCAGAGCGCUCAGGACCUCAGACUGGGGCUAAGGUUCACCUUCCAACAGCACAACGACCCUAGGCACACAGCCAAGACAACGCAGGAGUGCGUUCUCUCAACCAGCUUCAUGAGGUAGUCACCUGGAAUGCAUUUCAAUUAACAGGAGUGCCUUAUUAAAAGUUAAUUUGUGGAAUUUCUUUCCUUAAUGCGUUUGAGCCAAUCAGUUGUGUUGUGACAAGUAGGGGGGUAUACAGAAGAUAACCCUAUUUGGUAAAAGACCAUGUCCAUAUUAUGGCAAGAACAGCUCAAAUAAGCAAGGAGAAAUGACAGUCCAUCAUUACUUUAAGACAUGAAGGUCAGUCGAUAUGGGAAAUAUCAAGAACUUGCCACAGGAAUGGAAGACUGAUUUACCGCUGCUGCAGAGGAUAAGUUCAUUAGAGUUAACAGCCUCAGAAAUUGCAGCCCAAAUAAAUGCUUCACAGAGUUCAAGUCACAGACACAUCUUAACAUCAGCUGUUCAGAGGGGACUGUGUGAAUCAGGCUUUCAUGGUCGAAUUGCUGCAAAGAAACCACUACUAAAGGACACCAAUAAGAAGAAGAGACCUGCUUGGGCCAAGAAACACAAGCAAUGGACAUUAGACCGGUGGAAAUGUGUCCUUCGGUCUGGAGUCCAAAUUUGAGAUUUUUGGUUUCAACUGCCGUGUCUUUGUGAGACGCGUGUGGGUGAACGAAUGAUAUCCUUAUGUGUAGUUCCCACUGUAAAGCAUGGAGGAGGAGGUUUUAUGGUGUGGGGGUGCUUUACUGGUGACACUGUCUGUAAUUUAUUGGGAAUUCAAGGCACACUUAACCAGCAUGGCUACCACAGCAAUCUGCAGCGAGACGCCAUCCCAUCUGGUUUGGGCUUAGUAGGACUAUCAUUUGUUUUUCAACAGGACAAUGACCCAACACACCUCCAGGCUGUUUAAGGGCUAUUUUACGAAGGAGAGUGAUGGAGUGCUGCAUCAGAUGACCUGGCCUCCACAAUCCCCCGACCUCAACCAAAUUGAGAUGGUUUGGGAUGAGUCGGACAGCAGAGUGAAGGAAAAGCAGCCAACAAGUGCUCAGCAUAUGUGGGAACUCCCUCAAGACUGUUGGAAAAGCAUUCCAGGUGAAGCUGGUUGAGAGAAUGCAAAGCUGUCAUCAAGGCAAAGGGUGGCUAUUUGAAGAAUCUCAAAUAUAAAAUAUAUUUUGAUUUAACACUUUUUUUUUGUUGGUUACUAUAUUAUUCCAUAUGUGUUAUUUCAUAGUUUUGAUGUAUUCACUAUUAUUCUACAAUGUAAAAAUAAAGAAAAACCCUUGAAUGAGUAGGUGUGUCCAAACUUUUGACUGGUAGUGUAUGUAAAUAUAAUUUCAGUUUUAUUUUAUUUUAUACAUUGGCAAAAAAUUAUAGAAACCUGUUUGGCUUUGUCAUUAUGGGAUAUUGUGUGUAGAUGAGGGUGAAAAAAAAACAAUUUAAUCCAUUUUAGAAUAAGGCUGUAAUGUAACAAAAUAUGGAAAAAGUCAAGGGGUCUGAAUACCUUCCGAAUGCACUGUAUGUACAUUAUUUUCAAUUGUGCCAGUUCAGUUGUAGGCUAAAUGUGAUCACCUCUCACUAUUUGGCAUCUGAUCUCUACAUCAGUAAUUUAUUGUUUUUAACCACGAGUGGACGACAUGACCAUUUCAUGAAACAUUCUAAUGGACAAAGUUUUCAAUUCAAUCUUCUUUCAGAUGUAUGACCGUGCCAUAAGUGCUCCGACCAGCCCUACUAAGAUGGAACCAUCAGGGAAAAGGAGCUGGGAGGAGCCCAGCUGGAUGGGCUCGACACCACGGGUACUUAACCAUGACAUGAAGUCAACAGUGAGCAGGUCACUGCAGACUCUACCCACCUCCUCCAAGUCCUUUGAACCAGGUAAGGUACACUCAUGUAUUUAGGUUGUCACACACGAUAAUGUUAUUCCGCAUUACAACUAUUAACAUUGCUCAUAUAAGAGUUAUGAUCGUGCCGUUAGCUCACCCCACAGCGUGAAACGUUGCCAAUAGCGCUGCUGAAUUGUUACUUUUUCGGUGGAGCGACCGGUUAGUACGUUGUCAAGCAGGGCGGUUACGUGUGUUGGCAAGGCAGAGGAUGCGAGAUCAAGUACCGGUAAGGACUGGUGAGCUAGGAAGCUAUACUGCUAAGCAGUACAGGGAUGCCUGUUACACUCACACUUGCUCACACUCGCACACAUUGCCUAUCUGUGUUCAGAGUGAGGCCUGAGGAGUAACACUUGGGAUUGAUGGAGCAGGUUAGUAGUGUGUUUCAGAUGGUUUGACCUCAUCUCUGUGCAGUGUUUUCUAAUCCUUGGCUGUGUCUAUUGAUGACAGGAUGGCUGAUGGCAGGAUGGCUGUACUUCCUGUAUUGUGGGUGAUACCGCUGACUCUCAGUGCUUGUAUGAAGCUACAGGGUCGUUCCAUUUGAUUUCAAUCAGUUUUUGACCGCGCCUCUUUUGAUUUGAACUAAACUUUCCAUACAUAUUUGUCCAUGGUAGAAGUGAUCAGAAAAUGACUUUAUCAAACUAUAUUAUAAUGUUUUGAAAAAAUAUAUUUGUAAUGUUUCAUUUCAAUUAUCUAAAAACAUGUAAGCUCAGAUAUAUUUUCAUUUUUGCAUAUGUUGUAGCUUAGACCGUAAUGUACAUCAUCUGAGGUGUUUGUGUUGUGCCUGCCAUUGGUUGAAACACAGCAUACUCUUGAAUACAGGGUGGGUGUCAUUUUAAUCAUAGAAAUAUAAUUCAUAGAAUGGACCUAUCCCUUCAGACCACUGCAAUUUAGCUGGUACACCAUUGAAAUUAAUUUAAUUGACAUUUUACAUUCCAAUUACUACCACAAAGAUGGCCGCCGGUCCACCCACCGUCGAUUGGCCACUUAAAUGGGAAUGUCUAUUCUAUUAUCUAUAUUUCUAUGAUUUUAAUAGGUUUCCUAUGGAAGACAUUGUAAUUUCAAACAACUGAUAUUCCCAUUCAAUUCAAUAUUCUCCAAUCAUCUUUGUGGUACAAUUGGAAAGUUGAAAUGUCAAUGUUAUUCCCAUUUUAGUAAAUUUAUCAGCCACUCUGUAUUCAAGUGCAUGCUGUGUCUCAACCGAUGGCGGUCUGAACAUAAACCUCAGAUGAUGUAAAAUAGGAUCUAAGCUACAACAUGCGAAAAUCUGAGUUUACACGUUUUUAGAUUAUUGAUGUUAAAGGGAAAAAAAAAAGUCAUUUUUUAUUUACUUUUUGGUUUGAAAUAAAUUACCAUAUAGUUUGACAAUCCUGUUUGUAAGCAUUUAUAUUUUCAAGAGAUACAGUACAGUGGAUGUCUCAUGGUAUGGUGGGGUAUGCAACAUGGAUCCAAUUUUGGGCACCUCCAUCUCCUGAAUGUUUUGGCAUUCAGGUCCAAAAAAUCACUUUCUGACCACUUCUACCAUGGGCAGAUAUGUAUGGAAAGUUUUGUUCAAAUGAAAAGGGGGGCGGUCAAAGCUAUUGAAAUCGAACAGAACGACUCUACAGUUUUGUUAGUAGAAACCCAACUAAAUAGAAUCAGAUGGAUAGUUUCUAUUGAGCUCCAUUAGAUAUUUGUUACAAAGUUUAAGAAAAUACCUCAACUAAAGUCUGUGGAAUUUUGGAUGGUUCUCUUAUGCCGGGUGUACACUACUCAACUUUCAAAGUCCUAACAUCGCUCAGCCUCUCACAUUUAACGACUGUCUUUCAUGACGUGUUUUGUCUUCCCAACGUAUUGGCACAAACGGGGUCACACACUACAAGAUUCUUCACUUGGUCAUGAGGAUUCUCAAUACCACACUGUCUUGCAAAAAUGAAACUUGUCUGAUCUCAACUAAAAACAUUGUGUAGUGUACACCCGGCUUUAGUGUGUAGGAUACUCUCUGUAGGAGAGGAUAGUCCGUAAAGCAACCUCUCUCGUGGUACUUGUUCCCAUUAGUUGGGUUUGUCACCCAAUAAAUAUCCUUCUUACUUUCGUUCUUAUUUACCUCCCAUUACCUUUCAACAUUUUCACACUUUAUUAUAGUGUCUUGCAUCAUCAGGAUGCCCAGCCCACAUGGGCUUAUAAAACACUAAAUAUGCCAAUUUUAGUAUUAUUUUACCCAUACCUACACAUUCCUAACGUCUGCCUGUCUUGGCUGUAUCCCCUCAGACUGCAUGCGGAAGGCGAUGGGGCAGGGACGUAGUGCUGCAGGGCAGACCGACCUCCUCCGGGCCAGGAUGCGCCUCUCCUUACAGGAGAAACUGUGGGAGUUCUACCAGGAGCGAGUGGCCAUCCCCGCUGAGGAGCAGGCCACAGCCCGCCGGGCCGCCCUGGACAUCUGCGCUGAGCUGAGGAUCUUCCUGCACGCCAAGCUGCCCGACAUGCCGCUCCGAGAGAUGUACCUCAGCGGCAGCCUCUACGACGACCUGCAGGUAAGAAGAGGGUGGUAGUAGUAAACUGUAUUAUCCCUCUGGGGGAAGGGAGAAAGAUAUCACUUCACCAACUGUUGGCUUAGGACUGUUGUGACCACAAACAAUGCUUUUUACCUCGGUGACCGUCUCUGGGUUUGAAAUGUUAUGGUUUUAUAAGAAUAACACCAAUGUGCUCCCUCUCUGACUCUCUCUCUGACUCCCUCUCCGACUCUCUUUCUGAUUCUCUCUCUGACUCGCUCUCUCUCGGACUGACUCGCUCUCUUAUCCCUCUACCCACCCCCACUCUUUCUAUCUAUAUCCGCUACCCCCAUCUUUCUCUCCGCUCCCCCCUCUCACCCCAACUCUUUCUCUCUCGCUCUCCCCCCCCACUCUUUCUCUCUCGCUCUCCCCCCACCUCUCUCUCUCGCUCUCCCCCCCACUCUUUUCUCUCUCGCUCUCCCCCCCCUACCUCUCUUCUCGCUCUCCCCCCCACUCUCUCCCCCUCGCUCCCACCCCCACUCUCUUUCUUACCACCCACUCUUCUCUUUCUCUCUCCUCUCACUCCCCCCACGCUCUCUCUCCCCUCCCCAAUCUUGUCUCUCUCUCCCCCUUCACUCUUUCUCUCCUCCUCCAUCUCGCUCUCCCCCACCUAUUUAUCUCUCUCCCCUCUCUCUCUCCCCCCCACUCUUCUCAACUAUUUCUCUCUCUCCCUCGCUCUACACCGCCCCCACUCUUUCUCUCUCUCGCUCCUCCCCGCACCCCACUCUUUCUCUCUCGUCGCUCACCCACCACUCUUUCUCCCUACCACCCCCACUCGUUCUCCCUCCACACAACUAUCCCCCCAACUCUUUCUCCCUCCCCCCACUCCUCACCCCCCAUAACUUUCUUUCUUUCUCUCCACUCUCCCCCCCACUCUUUCUCUCUCUCUCGUUCCCCCCCCCCCCUCCACUCUUUCGCUCUCUCCCCCCCCCCCCCACUAUUUCUCCCACUCUUUCUCAGGUGGUGACAGCGGAUCACGCUCAGCUCAUGGUCCCUUUGACCUUGGAGAAGAACCUGUGGUCGUCAGUCCCUGGCGAGGACACCAUCAUGAACAUGCCGGGUUUCUGGCUGAUUCGCAGGGAAAACCUGGAGUACUUCCCCCGAGGCAGCAGCUACUGGGACCGCUGCAUGGUAGGAGGCUACCUCUCCCCCAAGUCUGUCCUGGAGGUGUUCGAGAAGCUGGUGGCGGGCUCCAUCAACUGGCCGGCCAUCGGCAGCGUUCUGGACUACGUGAUCCGGCCGGUGGUUCCCUCGGAGACUCUCACCCUGGAGGUCCAGUAUGAGACGGACCGCCAUCUUUACGUGGACUUCCUGCCUCUGUUGGUGACGGACAACGGCGCCUCGCUGAUUGCCAAGCCACACAGGCUGGCCGCCGAGCGCCACGAAAACCUGUGGCGGCAGAGCUUCCGCGUGGCGGAGACGGCGCGCCUGCGGGCGCUGGACAAGGAGGACGGUGGCUGCCGCUGCGCCUGCCUCAAGGUGACCAAAGCAGUGUGCAAGCUGAACCCGGCCCUGACGCGCCUGUCGGCCAGUCAGCUCACCAACGCCAUACUGCUGCUGAGCGGGAAGGAGGGCGACUGGACCCAGGAGGCGCUGGCCGACCGCUUCCUGCAGCUGCUUCGCUCGCUAGUGGGACACCUAGAGGCCGGGAGGCUCCCCUGCGCUCUGGUCCCCAAAGUCAACCUGUUCUGUGAGCUGACGCCAGUGGAGGUGGAUGAGCUAGGAUACACCCUCUACUGUUCCCUCUCUGACCCAGAGGGACUCCUAAGGACUCCUGAGUCUGACUGAGUCUGGUCAUGGGUUCUAGGGUUUAGGACAGAUAGUAUAGAAUUCUAACUAAGCCUCCAUAGAGUCCAUACUGCAGAAGAGGAUAUGAUAUGUAAUUUAUAUGUGCUUCAGACAUGGACCAUGCCCCCUGUGACCACGUCGCUGUGUGAUUGAUUCAACAUCACGUCUCUGGAGUCCCUGUUUCAUCGAUCAAUACUUUUAUCUUGUACUUUUUGUUGUUGCGUAAUUAUGUGUGAAAUGCAAAAUCAACCACUUUAGUGUGGGGGGUUAAUCACCAUGUUUUUGACAUGCAAGACAUAUCUGCUGAAUUCAAAUACAGGAUCAUCCAAAUACCAGUUAAACCUCAUGAUGAUGAAACCAGUCCCUUCAUAUGAUCCACAUGGCGCACGUAAGCCGUGAUACAUAGUACUGUUCAGAGGGGUAUACUACAAAGCAUGAUCAAGGAGUUAGCCAGCUAACU